AUGCGUCGAAUUCGUUUACCAAAUAUAGUUGAACAACAAAAUUUAGAAGCUCUUUCUGUUAAAGAUGAACAUUAUUCAAUCUGGAUGUUAUUUUUUGAAUUAUAUAAUGAAAAUAUUCUUGAUUUACUUGUUCAAUUAAAAGAUAUGAAAAUUCAAGCUGAAGAUAUUAUUAAAUUUAGUUUUGCUGAUCGUUUAACAUCAAAAACAAAUCUUAAUGAAGCACCAUCAAGAGCACAUGCGGUAGUUUGUAUAGUGCUUAUUACAGCUAAUAAAUUUGAUGAAGAACCAAUUAUAAGUCAUGUGUGUAUUUGUGAUUUGACCGAUAAUGAACCAACAAUUAGUAGUGGAAAACAGCUGACAGAAACUUAUAAUAUAAAUAAAUCAAUAAUAACAUUUAAAGAUUCUAUUCGAGUUAGUGGUAGUCCAAGAUUUGAACAUAAAAUACCUAUCAAUGAUCAUAUCAAUGGAUUCAAAAAGUUGUUCAAUAUUCAGGCAUUUAUAAAUAUUGUUGAAAAAAUGUUAUCAAAUUGUUAUGAUUAUCUCAGCUUUAAAAAAAUCAACGAUAGAAAACGAGUAACAACACAACCUGUUGUCAUUUCUGGUAAACGACGUUCUUUACAUGGUAAUCAACAAUAUCCACCUGAUGCAAGUUUAGCAACAGCUCAGCAUCCAUCUGCUCAAUAUCUACCUGGUUCUAGUUCAGCAACAGCUCCUUGUCCACCUGGUUUUAGUUUAGCAACAACUCAUUAUCCACGUGGUCCAUUAUUAGCUGCAGCUCAAUAUCCACCUGAAUUUCGUUUAGCAACAGCUUCGUAUCCAUUUAAUCAAAAUUUAGGAACAGCACAGUAUCCACCUGAUCGAAGUUUAGCAACAGGUCCAUAUCCACCUGGUUCAAAUUUAAUAACAGCUUCUUAUCCAUCUAAUCAAAGUUUAACAACAGCUCAGUAUCCAAUUGAUCCAAGUUCAGCAAUAGUUCAGCAUCCAUCUGGUCAAUAUUUAUCUCCAACAAAUAAUUUACCAGGUCAACAUCCCAAUGCACAAGUUUUAUUACAUCCUGCUCAUAAUGUUGGUUCAUCGCAAGAAACCGAAAAUAUAGAAGCAUGGUUAUAA